AUUGAGAAUUGACGCACGAUUGCAGUCAAAAGUUUAUUGGAAGCAAUCACUUCUUGCUUAGAUAAAUGCACAAGUCAAACUUGUUUUCUCAAAAUGAUGUAUAAAAAAACUCCACUUUUUUACUCUAAAGUGUUCAUUUGUUGCUGAGCGAAAUAAAAUAUUGGAAAUUUAGUGAAAUACAUGUUUGAAUGUAUCUAUGAUCUGAUUUUCAUAUUGUCAUAUAAACGUGUGUGUGAGUGUGUUUACGUGUGCUUUCCAUUCUGUCAAUGAAUGUGAUAAUAUGAGUUUGUCUUUUUUUUCGAAUAAUUUGCCCACAUUGAGCUGGUUUUUAUUGUAUUAAUAGAAUUUUUAUAAACACAUUUGAUGGGAACAAUAUCAACGUAUAUUGUUGUUAAUCUUUAAUUUUGAAUUUCUAAACUUCUCAUCUCUCUCUCUCUCUCUCUCUCUCUCUCUCUCUCUCUGUCUGUCUUGGUUUCAUAUGAUGUAAAUUUGCUUGUUUCAGAAAACCAUGUUCUUACAUCGAUUUUGCCAAUACUUUUUGCUCUCUCGUAUUUCUGUUUUUAGAUACUAAUUGAAUUUGUUUGUGGUUAUGUGUCAGAGAACUUGUUUCGUGAAUAGUGAAACUUUUUUAUGAGAUUUUAUUGUUGGUCGCAAAUGAGCAAACCGUACGGGCGUUAACUGUGACCGAAGCCCGAGGAAUAUAGGACCAACCGAAACAAGAAAAAAAUCAUUUUGUAAUUCAUUACAAAAUUUGUGACGUUAGUUAUCUUGAAAAUUUACAAAAUAUCGUCUUACGAAGAAGACUACAGGCCAGAUAGGCCAAUGGUUCAGAGGGCUUCGUCGGAAACCCCAUCAUUAACGGGGAAUAAUCGUGAAUCAUCUCGGAUGAACCUCGGAAUCGGUUAUACAGCUUAUCAAGGUGGCUAUAACAAACUUUUCACACAGGGUUCCGCAGAUUCGAAUUAUUCGCAGCCUUCGUCCGAUCUAUCGCUAGAUGAAGAAAAAGAAUCGCUUCGUCGAGAAAAGGAACGCCAAGCGUUGAAUCAAUUGGAAAAAGCUCGUAAUAAACCUGUGGCAUUCGCUGUUCGAACAAAUGUGUCAUAUGACGGUAAUAUCGAUGAUGACUCUCCCGUACACGGAAGUGCUGUAUCAUUUGAUGUUAGGGACUUUCUUCACAUCAAAGAAAAGUAUGACAAUAACUGGUGGAUCGGCAGACUAGUCAAAGAAGGCUGUGAUGUUGGAUUCAUACCUAGCCCUGUUAAAUUGGAAAACAUACGAAUGCAGGCAUCAGCAGCGAGGUCAUCCAGACUGUACGCAACAAAAGGCUCAUCUAGUGGCAAUUUGGGUGGAAAUGCAGAAGCGUCCCGAGGAAGCACACCGCCGACACCUGAUGAGUCUGAUUCAAUGGGUCCAUCACGACAUGGUAAAACACCGUUAGCAACACCUCAAUCAAAAGAGAAACGAAAGCCAUUCUUCAAGAAACAGGAAAAUUCGAUGGCAUACGAUGUGGUGCCAUCAAUGCGACCAGUUGUUUUAGUGGGUCCAAGUCUAAAAGGUUAUGAGGUUACCGACAUGAUGCAAAAAGCUUUAUUCGAUUUUUUGAAACAUCGUUUUGAAGGUCGAAUUAUCAUAACGCGUGUCAUGGCUGAUAUUUCAUUAGCAAAACGAUCUCUCAUGAAUAAUCAAAGACGACCAAUCAUGGAGCGUUCUAAUAGUCGGUCUUCGUGUUUAGCUGAAGUUCAAGCGGAAAUUGAACGCAUUUUUGAGCUGGCGCGAACAUUACAAUUGGUCGUACUAGAUUGUGAUACCAUUAACCAUCCGUCACAAUUAGCAAAAACUUCACUAGCACCGACGAUAGUCUAUUUAAAGAUUACUAGUACUAAGGUAUUACAACGUUUAAUAAAAUCGCGUGGUAAAGCUCAAGCGAAAAAUUUAUCUGUACAAAUGGUAGCCGCUGAAAAAUUGAGUCAAUGUCCGCCGGAAAUGUUUGAUGUGAUAUUAGAUGAAAAUCAGUUAGAAGAUGCUUGUGAUCAUAUAGCUGAAUAUUUAGAGGCUUAUUGGCGUGCAACACAUCCACCAGAACGAACACAAGCAGCAACGAUAUCUAGAAAUUUACCAUCGCAAGAAGUAUCACCAACUGGCGAUGCUUUGGGACCACCAGAACGAGAACAAUAUGGUAAUCGUAACGGUAGUGAUAGAGAUAGAGAACGAGGUAAAUUUAUGGAAAAUGUCUUUAGAAUGUAGAAAAUUUGAGUUCAGCCUGUCAAUUUUUUAUAUGGAAGUUUAAAUUGCCCCAGUAACGUUCUCUUAGAUUUUCUCUUAAGAUUAUUGUUGA